CAUCCAUCACCAUUCUUGCUCUCGAACCCUGAACAGCUAUCAUGGACUCGUUAAAAAUCAGGGAUAUCACUCAUUUCUGCCCCAAUUUCGACCCAUUUACCUCUGCCACUCCAUACGACUUCGCGGAACAUGGCCUCCCCCUACCUUUUUGCAAGGACUUUUACACUCCCGAAACUUUUCGAUCGUUCUGGGAGCAGGAGCGCCUAGCAUAUCAGUGGAUUUAUAUUUCCGAGAAGCACUCUCGCACGUUUUACAGUAAAGACCCGCCCUUAGAUGGGUCUCUGCCUGUAGCUCGCACCAAUGCGACUGGCCGCCCACCUCUUUACGACUGGUCGAUCAAAUACGCGUGUAGACACUCAGGAUGUGAAAAAACGCUAUCAAUUGCUCGCAACUCAGUGCCUCAAGGUUGCCUUGCUUGUAUUAGAAUCCGGAAGUUGCGUGCCGAAGAUAGGGUGCGAAUAGAGUACUACUGGGAGCACUCGCACGCGACAAACCUAUCCACCCUAGCGACAUAUCCUCCGGGCCCGAAUGAGCGCAACUGGGCCAAGAAAAUGGUCAAAGAGGGUGAAGAUUGGCACUCCAUCAAGAAGAAGCUUACACCUUCCGCUGAACAGCUCGCGCGACUGGAAUCCAGCAAUGGAACUGCACCUCUAGGCCCUCGUAUUACAUAUGAGAAUAUCCGUAAAUGCAUGUAUCGGUACAGGACUUUAACAAUUGAAGGCACCGAGAGCCGAGGAAGAGGAGGGAAAAAAGAAGCAGUAGCAGGAGAAAAUGGCUCGACAGAUGGAAAAGUGUGAAGGGGAACUGAAAACCAUGUAGAUAGACUUUGGAAGGCUGGCUCAUAACGACAAAACUCGAAAGUGCGCACUGACUUACUUUCAGUCUGCCCGUCGCUUCUAUGAAGGACUCAACGCGCGCGUGAUGAAAGAAAUAAACGAAGUCAAUGCUGGUCACGUUAGGUUAUAUAUCUACGCAUAAAUUCGCAAUCUUUCAGAGUUCAUCUCUCGUGCGGGAGCAGGUGUAAUUCUAGCAAUACUCAUUAUUG